AUGGUCGAAUCUAAGAAUACUGAAUUAUCGCAAGGAACAUGGCUCAAUAAGCCAAAAUCUGUUUUUCAAGAGGCAGGAAAAGUCACUCUGGAAACAGAUGAAAAAACUGACUUUUGGCGUGAAACAUUUUACGGAUUUACCCGUGAUAGCGGUCAUUUUUUGGGAGUAGAGACAGGUAGUGCUUUUACUGCACAAGUCCGUGUUCAGGGAAGCUACGAGAGUCUUUAUGAUCAGGCUGGUAUCAUGGUUCGUAUAGAUGAUGGACAUUGGCUCAAAGCUGGCAUAGAAAUUUCUGAUGGCCACGCAAUGCUAAGCAGUGUUUUGACAAAUGGAAAAUCAGAUUGGUCAACUGCUGUUUAUGGCGGAAAUGCUCGCGAUUUCUGGCUUCGUGUUACUGUUGAAAAGGGCGUUUUGAGGAUUCAGGUGUCCUCUGAUAAAAAAACAUGGCCGUUAGUACGUUUGGCUCCAUUUCCAACUUCUGACCAUUACCUUGUUGGACCAAUGGCUUGCACACCUGAGCGUGGCGGAUUGAAAGUUACUUUCUCGGAAUGGAGUCUCACAGCUCCUUUAGGAAAAGCUUUACAUGAUUUGAGUUAG